AUGAAUGCAAGCAGAUUCUGGGGGAAGAUUGUCAUUGUGACCGGAGGAGGGAGCGGAAUUGGCGCUCGUCUGGCAAAAGCGUUUGAUCAAGAAGGCGCCGUGGUAGCAGUAUGCGAUAUUCGGAAAGAUAUAGCAGAUGAUGUUGCAACGAAUCAACUACGAAAUCCACUACGCCCAAAAACAGGUUAUCAUGUAGAUGUGACAAAUGCAGAACAAGUUCGGUACAUGAUUCAAGACAUCCUUGAGAAAUAUGGAACGAUUGACAUUUACUGCAGUAACGCUGGAAUCAUUCAACCAUAUGAUGAACCAAAAGAGGGCGAGUCCGGCAUCACGAGGUAUUCUGAAGCAAAAUGGAAGCGUUUGAUUGAGGUGAAUGCGUUAAGUCACUUGAUCGCAGUCCAGGAACUUUUGAAAAAUUGGAAUCAGGGAAGGCCAGGCUCAAAACCAAGUUUCAUCAUGACAGCUUCAGCGGCUGGACUACUGACCCAAAUUGGCGAUGCCAGUUAUGGAGUGUCCAAGGCGGCAGCUGUAUCUUUUGCAGAGCACUUGGCAAUCGAACACAGUGAUAGACUACGAGUAUUGUGCAUUUGCCCUCAAGCGGUAGACACGUCAUUCGGAGAAGGGAUGGUUCAGAAAACAAACAACUCUGCCAAGAAAGAUGGUGUCAUUAGUCCAUCGAUAGUCGCGGCUUGUACGUUGGAUGCACUUUCCUCGCAGGUCGAAACAGAUCCGUCGCUAUUCAUCUUUCCGCAUCCUGAAGUCGCUACAUAUGUCAAGCGAAAAGGAGUCGAUCACACGCGAUGGCUCAAAGGAAUGAUCAGAUUCAAGAAGAAACAGGAACAACAGAUGAUGAAAUCAAAAUUAUGA